AUGAUUUCAACAAUCGGCACAACAACAAUUCAAACAACAGCACCAAACUCGUUAGUCAUGAAUCCAACAUCUAUGUUAGUAGAAAUGAAAAGCUUCAUUCCUUCUUCAUAUACUUUCGAAACAAAAAUCCAGAAGAUAAAGCAAGAACUGUUAACAAGUAAUUUAGACUGUAGUGCGAAAGAUGAAACAAAUGAAGAAUAUCUUUAUGAAAUGCAGGACAUUAUUGACCAUUUGCCUAAACUACCUGAAAUCCAACAACAAAAACUCACUAUUCCUGAAUUUGACGAAAUUGAAGUGAAACCAACUGACUCAGUAGAAAUAAAGAAGUUCAUACGUAAAGUAAAUUAUGAAUUCCUUGGUUUUCAUUGCAACCAUA